CAGCAACUAGCCACCGCGACCGGUUAUGCCUGUGUCCGGAGAGAGAGACGCGUUGAACGAUUGGCAGCCGCAAUCGGUGUGGUGGGAACGAUGCAUGCCCCGAGCCAUGUAAUAUAUAAAGAGUCUCGUCGCGACCGCGACCAACUAUUCUGACAUCGUCGACCGGGCCCUGUAUCGGUCACGAAAAAAAAAAUCGCGCGACUUAUGCUCGGUAUUGUUGGAAGCGACGCGGUCUCGAAAUGCGAGAAAUUCCACGCAACAUUCAUUCGGAGCAUCAAAGUGCGUCGUGAUCGAUUAGUUACGCAAGAGAUCCUCCGCUGGAUAUUCUGCGAUAAAGAACAACGUCGACGAAUCGCUGAUCUGCAUCAAAGUGGUGGUGAAUUUCGUAUGAGAAAUCGCUGCUUUUCUCAGUCGCGCGGGAAAGGAUCGAAUAAUGCCGACGUGCGCCUGCGAGAAUAGGACUCUGGACGAGUCGGAGGAGCACGUUUGUUCCCUGAAACCACCGAUGGAGAAGGACAAGGCCAAAGAGAACAGGGAAUACGCCAGUCCGGUUAGGUACAGCGAUGGCUCUGUGCGGUUACGAAACCCUAAUAUUGAGCUCAUGGAUCAGGAUAUAUUAUAUCAUCUCGCGCUCGGCAGCGGUUCCCAUGAUCUCGUUGAAAUGUUUGGCGACAUCAAAUUCGUCUGUAUGGGCGGCACGCCGAAACGGAUGGAAAACUUUGCCAACUACAUUAUGAAGGAGAUUGGUCACAAGCUGCCAGCCGGAACGACUCUUCUCGACAUCACUAAGAAUUCUUACCGCUAUUCUAUGUACAAAGUCGGUCCGGUUCUCUCGAUCAGCCAUGGUAUGGGCGUACCUUCGGUCAGCAUCCUUCUCCACGAAGUUAUCAAGCUGAUGUAUCACGCGAAAGUGAAGGAUCCAGUUUUCUUCAGGAUCGGAACUUGCGGUGGUAUUGGUCACGAAGGUGGUACGGUGAUUAUCUCGGAGGAGGCUGUGGACGAAACGAUGAAACCUCACAUGGAACUGAUGGUGCUCGGAAAGCUGGUGCGGAGGCCAGCCAAGCUCGACCGACAGCUGGCCCGCGAUCUUAAAGCCCUGGCUCACCGCGACGAUCCCUACGACACCGUGAUCGGCAAGACCAUGUGUUCCAAUGACUUUUACGAGGGCCAGGGUCGUCUUGACGGCGCGUUCUGCGAGUUUACGGAGACCGAGAAGAUGGAGUAUCUCACUAAGCUACAGAAGGCCGGUGUGGUGAACAUCGAGAUGGAGAGCAUUUGUUUCGCCGCUCUGACGCAUCAUGCCGGCAUCCAGUCCGCCGUUGUAUGCGUGACACUAUUGGACCGACUCAAAGGCGACCAGGUUUUAGCGCCCAAGGAAGUAUUAGAAGAAUGGCAGUUGCGACCGCAGACGUUGGUCGCCCGCUACAUCACAAAGUAUCUUCAACGAAAGGGCCGUCUUUCAUUGGAAGGUUCUCAUGGUUCCAUGUACGUGAAAAGUCCGCGUCGCUUCAAACUGGUGCAGCAGGAAUCUGAGAAUUACGAUUAAUAAGUGGUCGCGACGCGAGUACGAAGAUACGGCUACAAAGAUCUCCGGGAUCAUAAUGCGAUCGGAUAUAUCGACUCAACUCUAGGGUCGGCGAUCGCGAUUAAUUCAAAUAGUCGCACAAAUCGCCUCGUAUUUGUUUAUUUAUUUGUAAAAAAAUUAUUUUGCUCGCAAGAAAAGUCGCGUGACAAGUAACGCACGAAGAAAAAACGGCAUAUUUAAAUUAAAGAUAGAAGAUAGACAAAGAAUUUUAAAAAAAUGGGAGCAGAUUUAAUCGAUUGAAAUAUUAUAUGGCGUAAUAGAAUUUUUUUAAUGUCUCUUGAAAAACGUAAUACCACCUUUUAAAAUUCCUAUUAUUAUAUCCCCCUUCCCCUUCCUACAUGGUAUUUAAAUUACUUACAAAUUACUAUAAUCUGUCCCAAUAAUUCAAUUUUUUUUAUUUGACGAAAUCCUUGAUUAAAAUAUCAAUUCAAGAUCUUUUUUAUCCGAGAUUUUCUUUAUCCGAUGAGAAACUUUGAGUACAAAUGACUUGCAUAACUAAAUGGAACAAUAUUUUGUUUUGUAUUUUAUUUUCGCGUGUAUCUUUUUCAAUAUUUAAGUGGCUCAAAAUUAAAUGAAAUUUUUUAAAUUGGAAAAUUGCCUGAUGCUGUUUGCCGAAAAUUGUCUGAUUUGAUUAUAUUUUAUGACUUAUUGAUAAUAAUUUUAGCCAGAAAUUAUAUAAUUUCUUGCAUUGCGAGAAAUCUAUUGUACGUGCGACAAUGACGCGGUGAUUCCUGACACUCGCGAGAAAAUUAACGACUAUCAAUGUCGACGCGAUCGCCAAAGCUUCACCGUUUAUUUCGCGCGGUGAUUCAAGUACAAAGUGUGCAGAAAUUUACAAACUGCGCUCGAACGAAAAAACCAUGCACAUUUUUCACAAAUACAUAUCUUUUAAGAUCAGUUGCAUCACCUUUGAUUAAUGCGGCUCGUAAUUAAUAAAUAUUGUAUAUCUAAUUUGGGAUAUCGAAAUGAAAUUGUCACUUAAACUUGUCUACAAAAUCAUAUUGUCUAAAGAAAUCAUCAAAAAAGCAUGACAUUGAAUCUCAGAUAUAUAGAAUUGAAACUGCAACUACGAGAAGAAAAUGAGGUAAUCAGAAGGAAUUAAUCAAAGUUUCGGUGCAAUUGGUCGGAGUUUCAUAGAGAUUUAAUUUUAGAAUCCACAGGGAUAAGAACGUACAGCACGUUCGGGUAUUCGCCGAUUAAACAUAAGAUUUUUUCUCUUCUGUUAUGAUACCCUAAAUGAAUGACCAUAAUUGUUUUGUAAAUUUUCAGGGAUUUAUAUUGAGAAUUUAGACAAAAAUUUCACUAACGGACCUAUCCGCGAUUUAUUAUCCGAAGUUUGCAUGUUGUAUCGAGAGCAGUUUUAAGAGAUAUUGCAAAUUUAGUUUCGCGCAAUCGUCGGCGUGUAACAAACACACGCGAUGAUGUGAAAUAUAUAUAUAUGUAUUAGCACUCUUUAGAAGUUCGCGGUAGCACACAUUCCAUAUAAAAAUAUAUAUAUAUAUAUAUAGUCGAAGAAGUAGCAUGUUUUCGUUCGAUGGUUUCCGUAACAUAAGCCAGGGACUAUCAUAGGGGGAAAAAAAUUUGCGGAACGGAAGAAAAGAGAACAGUCAAUAAAUAUCGCUCUUAAGGCUUUCUCAAUUUCCUGUUACGUCGGUCCAUCGAUAAAUCUGUUUAAUGCCAUAUCGCAAGAUAUUUAUAAUUAGUACUAUGUGUUGUAUCUCAUUAUUGUGUGCAAAAGUGCGACUUGAGUUUUCUAUAAACAUAGUUGAAACAAUAUUGUAUAAUCGAAGAUUCUUAUGUAAAGUAUCGCACUAUAAUAUCAAUGUGCUAUAACCAGUUAAAAUGGCAACGACCGAUUUAUCACGAACAAUAUAAUUAUUAUCUGCAAUAAUGUACGUCAGACUGCCAUGCUAAUGUUUUCUGUAAGUAGGUAUUCGCUGAUACACCAAUAAAUGUAAUUUCAAGUGUUCAAUGUUAUAUAAUUCUGCUUAAAAAUUUAUUUCAGCAGUGAGAAAAAAAUCACGAAUAUUCAGUCAUUCUCAUAUAAUAUAAAUAAUUAUUUGUAAUUUGUAUAUUUUUGUCAAAAUAACGGAAAAAUUUUUAUAUCAAAAUUAUAACCAGCUUUUUCACAAAUGUUUAAUAUUUGUACGCAUUCAUAUAUGUUUAAGCGAAUUAUAUGAAUUGCGAACAUCUUUAAUGCAAAAAAAGAUAAUAAUCGCAAAGAAAAUUAUGGCGAAGUAAAUACGCAGUAAUCGUGAUAUUUUGUCCACAGGGUUGGACAAAAGACAUUAUUAAAAUACAUUUCAGAAUACAAAUUUUUUCAGAUUUUACUCGAUAAAUUUUGAUGAACACUCGUAUUACGAAAUAUUAACAACGCCAAGAUUUUACUCGGAAUGCGAAAUCUUUAGAUAAAACUAAUACUUUGUAUUUUAUUCAUAAUUUUAUUUAUGUCAAGUAUAACAUUGAACAACAUGUAUUUGAAAUACUGUCCAGCCCUGAGCGCCCACGUUACUAUGUUCGUUAUUAUUAAUAUUCUACUACCGUAGAAAAAGAGAGAUAGCAGAGUUAUAUAGUUGUAUGAUACACCUUCGUUAAGAUUGUUGCUAGCAGAUGGAUACGAUUUGCAUUUAUCGUUCACAUUCAUCGCGACGCAAAGAUACACACAGUGGAGCCUAGAAUCGAUAUGUAAUAUUAUAGUUGGCCACUGACAUUGUUAUACGAGUUUCUCCUCUCUAUUUAAUAUUUAUCCGAGGAAAAUUUUCGUUACAACACGUCGUUAGUACGUCAAACAGACGAGAAUUCUUUUCAUUGUACUUAUCCUUUUUUUCUUUGCAGUCUAUUAUCAACCAGAAACACUCAUUUUAUUCGCGAGAUACGUCGAGAUAUUAAUUUUAAAUUUUUUAAUUAUUCUUAGAUGCCCGUAAUAAAAUAUAAUGUUGAGCAAAAAGGUCGAAUACAUAUAUAGCAAAAUAUGAAAUUUAGAUAAUCUUUCCGUACGAAUUUUUAAAAUUAAAGAUUUUAAUACAAAGAUAAAGGAAACAAUGAUGUAGUUUAUUUUUUUGUAGAGAAAAGAGAAUUUAUCUUAUUGUUAGAACUAAAAAAGUAGUGUUGAAUUAUUUUCUUUUUUUUUUAAGCUAGUGCUACUGUUUUGCGCUGAAUAUAAUAUUUUGUUUUAUUUAUUAAAAACAAAUAAUUAUAAGUAAAAGAAUCUCAAAGAAUGUAUUUUUCAGAAAAAGAAAACCCUUUUUUCAUCGCUAAUGGAGAUCAUUUUCCAAAUAACUGGGUAUAUUUUUUCUCGUCGAUAUUCUUCGUCGUCAUAUGUGUUUUCUUUCGUUCCACAAACAACGACAUAUCUGUGAUGCAUAUUUAUUAUAAUAUGUACGAGAAAUAUUGACAAAAAAAUGUGUACCUAACGUAUACAUAUAAGUACAUUUAAUCUCAUCUACUCUAUUUGCGAAUCCGCUUCUCCUAUUCAGGAUGUUAUAACAUUUAUUAAAAUCUUCAUUAUUGCUCCCCUCUCGGAUACAACUAUUAUAAUAUUAAUCUAUAAUCAAAUGUCCCGUGUCGAUGUUAGCGGGAUGUUCUGUUAUUCGUAAGUUCGUUAAAACAUAUAUAUUCAGCUAUCUAAUUGUAUUCUUAUUGUAUAAACUCAGGAUUAUUUAUAUAUUAAUCCCCACGAGAAACAUCUAACGUGUCCUUUUAAAAAUUAAUUGCUGGUACACGGGUUACAAGGAAAAAAAAAAAGAAAGAAAGAAAGAAAGAAACACGUUGUUGAUUGUACGUUAUAAAAGGACAAUAAAAGAAAAUAUUAUAUAUCUAAUAGCAUUGCUUCUUAUCCUUAUCCAAUUUCAUUUCAAGUUUGAAAAUGAUAAUUAAAAAUAUUAUUUAUGCAAUUCGAAUAAAAAAUUGUUCAUUAUCUAAUUGAGAGUACAGAGAGAGAAUGCGGAUCGAGGAUGUAAGAAUGCAUAUUUAUUAUGUAAAAUAAUGUACAAAUAAAUAUAUGUGUAUGCGCGAGAAUAAAUACAAUAUAUAUUAUGCUUCGUAAAUCCUAGGAUAAUAAAAGGCAAGGAUUUUGCGAGAGAAAGAAUUUCCAUUUUAUUUUUCACGAUUUUCUCUCUUACGUUAGCCGAUCAGCUCGAACUUAUGAUAGAUGCUUAAAAUAUAGAUCGGCUUUUAUUUUAUGAAUUUCGAUCAAGUAAAUCCGAUUUACAAUCUUAUCUCUCAUGGAAAAUGCGUAUAUAAAAUGGACUGACGAGUAAUAACAUAUUCCAAGGAAUCUCGUCUCGAUUUUAAGUAUCGCCAACGCAGAAUUUAAAAAAUGUUUUAGAGAGCAAGGAUUCAUCAAUCCAUAUUGGUUUUAAAAUAAUUCGUAUUUUUUUACAUUUUCUCUCGCAAGAAGGGACCUCUUAUUUUUUCCGAUGUAAUAUAAAAUAUCUCCUCUAAGAGAAUUAAGGUUCUUUAAAAUCUUUUCUUUCUUAUAAUAUAAGAAAUAUUCUACUUUUCUCUUCUAUAAUAAAAUAAUCAGGGAUUAAGAAACUCAAUUUAUUAAUAAAGGUCAGAUACAUUAAAAUUAGCGUUUGAAGAACGAUAUCUAUCUCUUUUUUUUUAUUUUUAAAAUUCGUAAAGAACGUUAAGCAUAUAUCGUUAUUCUCCUUGAUUCAUUUUCACACAAUAAUCAGGAACGGCAUGUCGUCGAGUAGAAGGACCUGGAUAUGAAGAGCGAUUUUAUUAGAUUGUAACUUCAACUCUUUACACAAUGUGUAUCAACAUUGUUAAUAUACAAUUAGGUGUAGGUAUCGACAUAGAAUAUCGAGUAUAGAGCGCACUACUCCUCAUCAUCGAGCGGACGAUGAUGGAGUAAUAGUAACGGUGGAUAGAGUGUGAUGAUAUAGUGAUAACGAUGACAUAAAUGUUUAGCCGUAAUGAUCUCACUAUGCUAAUUGGAUCUUGCUUAAAACGCUUUUUUAAAUGCGGGGAGAUUCACACAUAUGCAUCCUCUUUGUUCGCGUUCGUCUCGCGAAAGCGACGCCGCCGAUUGCGUCAUAGUUAACUUUCUCAGAGCACUUCCGUCUGCGACGAGAGAAAACAGCAGUUAUGGCAGCGACGUUAUGGGUCUAAAUAAAUAUUAUAUUGACUGAUAUAAAUGAAUAUUAUAUUGAGAAACGCGUUAUAUGACAUCGGACCGGGAUCGAAUAAAAUUCGGUAUCAAAAAAAUUUCCUAUUUUUAUAAAACAUAUCGAGAGAAAAGCGGAUUUUCUCGCUUGAUAAAGGCUCUGGUGCUGUGUCUUAUAACGCGCUAUAACGAGAGUUACAUACGUUAUCUUCUAUAUGACGUAAUCAGAUUUAUAUGUCUGAUAUUUUUGUUCUUUAUGUAUCUAUAUAUACAAGACCCAUAACUGCUUUCCUUUAUUGCCGUCGUUCGCUACAAGAUACAAAUAAAACCGUGCCGGCUGCGACCAACCUCAAUGCAAUGGAAUUCCGUUACGACAAAUAUGCGAAACCGCGAUCGAUUUUGUGAAAUUAAACUUUUGUUACAUCCAAUAUAAGCUGCAGAUCGCUUGAUAUGCACAGAUUAAAGAGAUUUUACCGCAUCCUGUUACGACGAAAUUUUAGAAUUUUUUUUUCUUUUCGUUGAAUUAUUCAUUUCGAAAACGUCUCAAUAGACAUUGUAAAUUUCGUUAGUACAAAAUCAAUUAAUUUAAUCAAUUAUUUAAAUUCGACGAGUGUCUUCUCUGUCCAAACGGAGAUUGAUCCUCAACUACUACGAUAAUGAGACUAAAUUGAACCUUAGAUAAUUUUAAAUAUCACAAAAAAUAUUUACGCUAUUUCUCUUUUCAACUUUGUCUAAUAUCUUUAUACAUGGUCAUUUUUAUUUCCUCAUUUUUCCUUCAUCAAGAAAAACUAAGAUAUGAAGUCGAUGCUCCUUUUUAACAUAGUCUGUUAAAUAUAAUGCCAUUUAUUAAACAGGCAAAUUUGAAUUAAUACCCACAUUAUCCAAAUUUUAUAUAAUCAUAGAGUUGAGGAAUAAUUCUAUUCUCUAAAAAUACUUCACUCUCUUAUCCUCUGUUCGUCACGGCGUCAGAAUCGCGUCGAACGCGCCUAAGAGACUGGAUAAAAUCGUCAGAUAUAUUUAUCUUAAAGUAUAAUGAGAUGAUAAUAUGUAAUAAUAACGCGUACCUAUUAUACGCGCGAGUAUCUCUAAACUACGUUAUAUCAAAUGUAUCGAGUACACUGGAACGAUAUCUAAACUUAAUCAGCCUCUUUAUAAUCAACAGCUAUAUAAAACUCAUCCUGAUGUAUAUAGUAAAGUUGCGUCUUAACUAUAUAUAUAUAUAUAUAUAUAUAUAUAUAUAUAUAUAUAUAUAUAUGUAUAUAUGUAUAUAUGUAUACGUAUACGUAUAUAUGUAUGUCGUAAAUGUACCGUGAACGCGAGUCGCUCGAGUCCCUCGCCGAAAGGACUCGACAAUUGAUACAUCUAUAAAUCGCACACUUAUAUCUAAUUCACGUGAAGCCUGUAAACGGGCAGGUCGUACAAGUGUUGGUUUAUCCGCUUGUCAGCUUGUUAUCACGGAUAUAUAAUUAGACAAAAGUACAAUUGUUUAAUAUUCCGUAAACAAAAUCAUUAAUUUUUUUUUCCCGGGGAUCACUGACAAUAAUCAGGAUCAAUUUCAUCGACAUCGAUUAAUAAAUAAACUGUAACUAAUAAGUAUUUUGUCCCUUCUUAAUUUUACUUACAACGAAAUUCAGUAUUGUGUAAUCAUAUAUUAAUCGUCUCUUAUAAAAAGAUCAAUACUACAAAUUGCAUAAUGCAGAAUGCAGUAUUCAUUUGGCUCUUUGCUUAUACCGAACUUUAAAAUUAAAAAGAAGAACAAAGAUGUCAUCUCGAUCUCGAUAAAAUUGUAAGUUGCACUUUGCAGACUUGCUCGUUUAUCGAUUUCCGUAUAAAUAAAAAUUAAAGUCGUAAUUAUAAUAGUAUAAUAGUCACUUAUAUCUUAUGGCUUAUACGUGGCUACGCGUUCUAUCACAAUUCGCCCAAAAAAUAUAAAAAAAAAUGAUAUUAUCUUUAUUCUGUAUAACUGAAAUCCUGCCAUUAUCGAUUGCAGGCGUGAGAAUGCAUCCUCUGCCAUUCGGGAAAAAAGGCACCAACGAGGAGCAACGAAAGUCGUGUUAAUUUUCGAUUCUCAUCCACGCUGAAGCAAUUCACUCGAAUCGCACAUCGCUUAAAUUAUCCUCCAUCCGUAAGAAUAAAAAAAAGUCGAUCGACAGGAGGAGAACAGAACGAGAAUCGAGUAUUGAAAUUAAUCUACGUUCAAUUGUCUUCAAUUUUAAUUUUAAGAUGGCAUUAAAAUUAGGAAAAGAUAUUUUAAAAUUAAAUUGCUCAGGUUUUUAGAAAAAUAGGUCAUUGUUGCAUGAAAACCUUUUAAUCGC